AAUGCGUCAAGUGUUCUUGAUGACUGUGAUGAGUCUUACAUAACCUCAUCAUGAAUUAUAGGAUUGAAAAUAAAAAAUUUUACGACUUAUGUGCAGCAGACUGCAAGUAGCGGCCGCAAGUUUCGAAUUAAUCUCUAAUAACAAGAAAAAUAAUAUUUUAAAAAGAAGAGAAUUGUGUUUGUAGAAUAUGACAUUUAUGUCGCUACUGAUAAAUUGUAUGUUUUAGAUCUGAUCUUUAAUAUGCAUGUAGCCUUUGUUCAAUCCUCAUUUAAAUUUAAUAUGUCACACUCCACAAAGUCACAAUUAGCGCGACUUUACUCAACGAAACAACACACUAGGUCAAAGAAUCAUUAUGACACAUUAAAUAUCACGCCACAUGCCACUCACAAUGAAGUAAAAUCGGCAUAUUACAAGCUAACUCUGCAAUAUCAUCCCGACAAAAAUAAGAGUGAAUAUGCCAAACGAAAGUUUCAAGAUAUCUCAGAGGCUUAUGAAGUGCUCAGUAAUCAUGACCAGCGUAAAAUUUAUGAUCGAGAUACAAUGGUAUAUCGACAACCAGUAUCGACUAAGGAGCCAGUUUCCGAUUACAAGCACAAAGUUUAUUCAGGAUCGUCAAAAAUUUAUAAUUUUGACGCGUGGACACACGCACACUAUGGAAAGCAAAUGCACGCAGCACGCCUCAGGAGACAGGCAUAUGAGAACGCCAAAAUAAUGGAAGAAAUGAAUAUUCGUUCAAGGAAAACUCCUCCAUAUACAGAAUUUGCUGUACUUUUAUUGACUCUAGCAUGCUUAGUUGCUAUAACUUUUCGAGAAAAAUUCGAUGUUCCAGCAUCUCAGAGACGUAAGACAGAAAGUAAAGAUAAAUGAAAUUAGUAUGUUUAUUUAUUUAAUUAGUGUAAAUUUAU